CUCGAUCACCAAUGGUUGACAAGGAGAUCAAACAAACUCCAUUCAAGGAGGGUUUUUUGGUGAAAAAGGGACAUGUCAGAACAAACUGGAGAACUCGUUGGUUUGUCAUAGGAGAUGUAACAUUGUCGUACUAUCGACGCCGAGGCGAUCCACUGGCAGCUGAUAUCGUACUUCUGAAGGGAUGUUCAGUGAUAUCACCGUGUCCUGAGUACAACAAAAAACCGGGCGUCUUUAGAGUUCUUACAAAAGGAAAGAAAGAAUAUCUUAUUCAGGCUUCGUCUGAAGACGAAAGAGAUGAUUGGGUGAAGGCAAUUGGAGAAGCUAUACGCCGAUCAGAAACAAAGUCUCAGAACCGAUCAGACGGUGAACAGACACAACAGUCACAGCCACCAAGCGUCAGUCACAGUGAGCUUGUUGGUGCGAUGCAAGACCCGGACGCCGGCCUGCCCCUUAUCAGCGUGACAAUCAAUGGAAAAGAAUACAAAAAUUGUUUCACAGGAGAAGGUAUUUUGGAAUGGUUGGUAUCGUGGUCAUUUGUUACACACCCAGAUGAAGCUGGUACCCUUGGUAACAGUUUACUGCAAGAUGGCCAUAUACAGUAUGUAAGCGGUAUAAAGGAUGGUUUCAAUUGCAGCGCUGAUACGGUAUAUAGAUUUUCAACGCUCAAGUUAUGUCCGAGUGGUAAGUCGUUGGUGGAUAGUAGUAGCGAUGACGAUAGCGACGAAGAGGGGCCUGCUCAGCGUCGUGAAAGUUCCAGUGACGCCGACGCGGUAAAGGGAUACAAACCGAAAGGAAAAUUCGUGAAACAGGGUUUUUUGGUAAAAAGAGGGCAUGUACGUCAUACGUGGAAGACCAGACUGUUUAUUUUAAGAAAAGAUCCACAUCAUAUGAUAUACUAUAAAGGUUCUAAGCAAGACGAAAUGCCAUUGGGUGAAAUCCCUCUCACUGCUGGGUUCAAAGUUGAAUUGGAAUCCGCUGGAACAAAAACGUCCGAUGUGAAGAAUAAAUCGCGCACAAACUUGUUCAAGGUCGUAACACGAAAAGGUGACGUAUACAUACUGCAAGCUAACAAUGAAGAAGAACGGGACGAAUGGUUAAAAGCUAUCCAGACUCCAGAUGCAUACUCUACUUAGACUGACUGUCCGUGGUACUUGUGGGGUUUAAUAUUGUAUUGUUAUCAAUGCACGUAUGUACCCAGAAGAUGCAUUCUCAUUUUUAUUUCUGUAUCGCGUCCAUUGCGAAGAACACAAGCAUGAGUUGUUGCGAGCAGACAUCAUUGUCGGGUGACUCCUGG